AUGCCCGAACCAAAGACCAGAGUCCGCGCGUUUAGCCACCGCACCCGGGCGGGCUGUCUGACCUGCAAGACACGCCGCAAGAAGUGCGACGAGCAGCGGCCCAUUUGCAACCGCUGCAAGGUCGGCGGCUUCAUCUGUGACGGCUACGAGGCCGACGGGGCUGGCCCCAAGAAGAAGAAGCACACCCCCACGACGCCAGACUCUGUGACUUACACAUCUCACACUUGCUCGCCGGCCCUGCUGGCAUCAAAACGAAACAGCAACACCAACAACAACAACACCCGAUGUCUUCCCAUCCUCCAGCCCGCGCCUCUGCGGCCGCAGAAGCUGCUGCUCCCCGGCGACGCCCGCGAGACGCAGUUCUACGUCUACUUCUUCACAGACACCAUCGGCGACCUCGUCAUGUCGCACGCCUUCAGCACAACCUUCUGGCACCAGUUGCUGCAGCCCUCGAGCCAGCAUGCCACGUGCAUUCGCCAUGCCGUUAUCGCGCUAGGCGCAGUGCACUGGCAGUUCUCCCGCCAUGAGCCGCCCUCGUCGCUCAACCACUUUGCCCUGAAGCACUACAACGAGGCAAUAUCCGCUCUUGUCCGGGCCGGGCAGCAACAGUCCUCAUCACCAUCAUCGCCAGCAGACAUCGCCACUACAGUGACAUGUUGCUUCCUCUUCAUCCUCCUCGAGAGCCUGCGGGGCGACUACGCCGAGGCCCUGCGGCAUCUCGAGGCCGGCACGACCAUCCUCGCCGACCACCAUCCAGCCUCCUACCUUCCCAACCGCGACAUGCAGGAGCUCGCAGCCAUCUUCCACGCCAUCAGCGGCCAGGUCGCGGUCUUCACCGAAGAGCGCAUCUUCCCGGACCUGUCGCGCUUCCGAAGCCCGAUGAAGAAGUACCCAAAUCGCACCGAGGAGCUGCGGGACAUCGACGAGGCCGAGGACGUCCUGAACACCCUAGACGACCUGUUGAUAUAUGUCACGGUGGACCUGCCGCAGGACUGGGACAGCCCCACGUCGGACUGCGUCAUGCAGUGGGAGAUCAUGCGGAUCAGCGUGCAGCGCUGGAAGGUGCAGUAUGACGCGCUAGUGCAGCGGCUGACGCGAGAAGGCGAGUACAAGGCGAACCUCGAGAGGAUUGUGAAUCUGCGGGUGCAGUACAAGAUGUGGGAGAUGCUUAUGGACCACGACCAGGACUGCGAGCCUCCAGAGAUGUCGCCCGAAGAAUGCAACGAGCUUCUCGACCUGCUCGACCAGCUGUGGUACAGCCCUUCGAGGGCAGUAUUUGGGCUCAAGACCGACCUGCUCACCGCCCUCUACCAGCUCUAUGUGUUCUGCCAAGACGAGGCCACGCGCACGAGAAUCAUCACCAUGCUCCGCGCGCGCAGGAGGCGCGAGAUCAUCUGGGACAGCUCCGCGCUGGCAGACUUUCUAGAACGUCACAUGCAGAAGACCAAGGCGUCUUCUCAGAGGCUGGCCGGUGGUGCUGUUGCUGGUGUAGCGGUGGAGAAGCCAAAGGCAUCCGACAGGUGGCCGGACAUUGGGCCCUCGCCGGCGGCCGAGGCGCUGGUCGUCUUCCGGCCGAAGCGACAGGUUUCUUGAGGCGUAAGGCGAUGCCACUCAAAAGAAAACAUGAAGAUGCUUGUACAACAAAACAAAAACUUAACCGAGAGGCAUGAUGAUACUCAUGAAACAUGCCCCCAUGCCCCAUGGUUCUCACAACUACAGCAGAGAAGUAGUAAAAUAACCCUGCCACCUUUGUUGAACAUUGAACCACACGAUG